UCCCUAUUUAAACAAGCACUCUACAUUCUGGAGCUAGAAAUCGGUUUGCCUUUACUUUGUGAGUUCCAGCCAGGCCAAUAUUAAGGCAUUUAAUAUUCCACUCAGUUUACAUUUGAAUUUCUAUUUAGUUUCACAUUAGAAUAUUGUCACAGUCUACUUUAAAUCAACAGAAGACAAUAAGAUUCAAAAUGGCUCAGCUUUUAUCAGCAUGCUUCUUAAUUUUGGUAUCAGUGCAACUGGUCAAAUCCUCUGCCGUGUUUGAGUUGAAUGUGUACUCUUUCACAACUACCAGUAGCAGUGUGUGUAAACAGUCCAGAGACUGUCAGGUAUUUUUCCGUGUUUGCCUGAACUACACGCAGGAUGUCAUAUCAUAUAGACUGGCAUGUUCAAAUGGCACUGGACUGACAGGAACAUUCAGCUCGGACCAGAGCUCCAUCUUCACUAGUGCACCAAUAACUGUGCCCUUUAACUUAAAUUGGCUGGGAACAGUCUCGGUGAUAAUUGAAGCAUGGAAUGCAGAGUCUUCCAAUGAUCAGCCAACAGAGAAUCUAAACAAUAUGAUUGGCCACUUUGCCACCAAAAUAAAUCUUACUAUUGGUCAGAAAUGGUCCCUAGGAGAGCAAAUAGGAGAGAAAAGUGAGCUACGCUUUUCCUACCGUGUAGUGUGCGAUGAAUUCUACUAUGGCGAUGACUGCGUUGAUUUCUGCCGUUCACGGGAUGACCCUUUCAGUCACUUUACCUGUGACGACGCUGGCAACAGAAUUUGCUUGCAUGGAUGGAAAGGUCAAUAUUGCGGAGAGCCUAUCUGCUUCUCUGGAUGUAGUGAGGAACAUGGUCAUUGUAUGGCCCCCGGUCAGUGCAAUUGCCGGUAUGGAUGGCAGGGCCCUCGCUGUGAGGAGUGCUUACCUUACCCAGGGUGCAAACAUGGCACCUGCAAACAUCCCUGGGAGUGCAGGUGUGAGAAGGGGUGGGGAGGCCUGCUGUGCGACAAGGAUCUCAGUGUUUGAAUUUAUAUAUUUAUAUAUUCAGUGUUAUUUAUCAUAUCAUUUAGGCUAUAAUGGACUGUUAUGGUUGAGAAACCACUUGAAAUAAACUAAAUAAAUAAAUAAUGAUGUCCUAUUUCUUUGGAUUAUGGUGCCAUGUUAACAACAAACAGUGUUUAUGCCACACUGUAAA